CCUGGUGGAGAAAAGAUGCAGCGGGGACCAGCAGCUUCCACUCUGGAGCGUAUGGCCGUGGAGUUCAGCAGACCAGCAAUGGCAGGAUACCAGCUCUGGUCACCAUGGACCCCUCUGGAUGAGAGCUUCCAAUGGCUGCGGCACACAACACCUACACCUUCUUCCAAGCACCCCUUUAGGGCUUCCCCCUGCUUCCCACACACCCCUUCUGACCUUGAAGUGCAGCUGUGCUUUCAAGAGGUCACUCUAGUCCUAGAUAGCCCAUUCCUGGAAGCUGGGGUGAGUCCCAAGUUACCCUGCCACACAUCAGAGCUCCGAACCAUAAACAACAAGAAAGGGCUGGUCAGGAAGCCCCAGCCUGUCCGCCUCAGUGGAGUGGAUUCGGUCUUUGGCAGGGUCAUCACGGCUCAGCCUCCAAAGUGGACUGGGACCUUCAGAGUUUCAGACAAGUCAGCCUUUUGCAAAAUCAUCAGCCGGGAGCACCAGUGGCCCACUGGACUUAAGGAACCUCAGAUUCAGAUGACAGUGACCAUGUGCAAACAGAUGCUGCGCUCUAUUCUCUUGCUGUAUGCAACAUACAAGAAGUGUACCUUUGCCUUGCAACACUCCAAGUAAAGGGCCCCCCACCUGAUUCCUGUUCCUCACACCAUUCCCUUUGCUAUGUGCCUGAAGCUUGCAGAAACCUGUCCAUGUAAAGGAAACUGACAUUGCCCCAACCAUCUUGCUUUUCUGUAAAGCAGUGAAAAUUCAGGAGACUCUUUCCUCCCUUCCCCUCCAAAAAAGGGCCAGUGACAGAGCAAGGAAGAACAAUUUCCAUUGAAAUGUUGAACAACCAUUUAAAAGAGAGUCAAAUUAGCAUUGACAUGUACAUGUGAUAAAGAACCAUUAAACAAACCAUAUA